CAGGAGGACGCUGUUCAAUCGGUAAUGGUACCCACCGUGUUCCAGUGGUGUGGUGGUGGUAAGCUGGUCUACGUUGGCGGAACAUUUUCCGAGUGGAAGGCACUGCCGAUGGUCGAGUCGCACGGUUCAUUCGUCACCAUCGUUAACAUACCGGAGGGAGAUCACCAGUAUAAGUUUCUUGUCGAUGGCGAAUGGAUGCACGAUCCAAAGCUGAAGUGCGUUGUAAGAGACAAGGGCAUUACGAACAACCUGGCUACCGUGCGUCAAACUGAAUUCAGAGUAUUCCAAGCGCUCGUCAAUGACAGCGAAGAUACGUGCAAGGUUGAAUCGAAGGAGCGGGGCCAAGAUAUUCCAACGGCAACACCAUGGGACGAGGACCAGCUGUUGCAGGAUCCUCUCAACCAAGACACCCUACUAUCGUGUGAACCAACGCUUCUUCCGCGACCGAACAACGUCAUGUUGAACCAUCUAUACGUGACUUCGAUCGAGAAUGGCGUAACGGUGCUGAGUACGAACCAUCGUUACCGGAAAAAGCACCUCACCACAGAGUUCUACAAACCCAUCUAG